UGACCACCUGAUACAGACUGAUUCCGUAGUCACAUGCACAUGCUCAGAUUGGUGUGUAUUGCUAUUGGGAGUGUAUGUGAUCAGCACAGGGCCAAUCAGCACUGUUCAGGCAGAGGGUCAAGGGUUUCACAUCCUCCUACAGCAGAAAGAAAACUCCUCCUACAAGCUUUAACCAGUGCUCUGCUGGACAUUGAUAGAAGUCACAAGACUGCUCUAUAAUACUGAUGAGAAAAGGUAUUUAGCAGUUUAAAUUUACUAA